AUGAAUAAGAUGCUCACUCUUAUCUUGCCGAGAGAAACACUUCGCAAAGUAAUUGUAUUCCAGCCAAACUUUGACGAAUCGCUGGAUUACGAAGACAACUACGAAAGUUCAAGUGCAGCGGAGGAAUGCGCACAGAUUGAACCAGAAGAAUUCACACCCUAUAUCAGUCCAAGCCCUAGUGCUGAAACAUUGGAGACGGCGGCAAUUGUUGAAGAGCCGAAUAAUCCUCUGGAAAAAUCCCUUGAAGUGCAAGACGAAGACGAAGGUGAUCAGGAUAUGGAGGAGAACGGAAAUAGUGUAGUAAUUGUCGAGACAGAGGAAGAGGCGAUGGAAGAAGAGAACGCUCCAGAAGAGCCUAUGGUGCCAGAAAAGGAGAGACAAAAACAGAGUCAGGAGGCGCUUGCGAACCCUAUUGUAGAACUCGCAGAAGAUCAGAUCGACGAGCAAAGUGUGGAGCAGCAAGAUGAAGAUGAGGGAAUAGAAGACUAUGAUGGUGAAGAUGUUAGUGUGCCGAAAAUCGUAUCUGUGGUUGAAGAGCAGCAGGAAGAGGAAGAAGCAGCGGACACCAGGGGACCUGUAGUUUUGAUAUCAGAGCAACGAGAUGAAGGCGAAGAGCUAGAGCCGGUUACCUCUGAGCGAUUGAGCUUUAUUGAGCAAGAAGAACAAGAUGAAGAAGAGGAGUAUCCAGAGAGUACA